GCGCUGGCGCUGUCAGUCAGCCCGCCCACCGCCUGGAGGCGUCCUCCAUCCAGUUCUGUUUUCUACCCACAGCCUGCUUCUGCUCUCACUCCAUCUCCCCGAGCGCUUCUCCUGCCUGGCCCGGGGCCUGAGCUUGCGUCACGCCUGCAGCUUCUUAACUCCACUGAUUAAGAAGAUUGCAACCUCACUGGAUCCUCAGAAGAGCAACUGGCGAGUGGCUUCCUAGGAACCAAAGCCAGGAUGGAUGUUCAAACAUGGCAUUUGAGAGCUUCAAAGCUGGCUUUAGCCUUGGCAAUUAUUCGCUCUAAGCCAGCAGACAAAAGCAGCAGAGAAUACACAGAACACCUCGCAACACUGGUGUCUAAGCAGGAUUCAAACUGCAGAUCAAAAGUUGAAGCCUUGGAAGCUGAAGUUCUGCAGCUGCGUCAAGAAGUUCUUCUGAAUAGGAUUUGUUCAGGAUUGUUUAAGAGUGGAAAGCUGACUUCCCAGGAAGUUAAAAGUUCUGAGAAUACAUUAAAUCCGAUGGAAGAUUCUGGGUAUGAUUUAUCAAGUGAGUGGGAAACAGACCUUUCAGAGUUAUCCCAGCACUUUGUGGAGAGCUGCAGUCUCCCACCUUUUCCACCACUGCCUCUGGUGAAAAAAGCCCAGGCUACUCCAGAAAGUUCACUAUCGUCUCACAUGAAAUUCUUGCAACAUCUGCUUACGCUAAAGAAUUUGACUGAAUCAGGUAGCCUAGUGUUAACAGACUUAACCCAUUCUGAAACGGACUCUUCCACUGUCUCUGAUUCUGUUUCUCGCAUGCUUGAUGGCCUGAUCACAUUUUACCGUAACCCAAAGCUUCCUUUUUCAAAGUUUUGGACAGAAGCUGUUGAUACUUUAGCAAGAGUGAUCAAUGAUUCUAACCUCUCUAACCAUAUUUUGAAAACAUGUUCUAAGAAGUUGGAAGAAUUUCAAAAUACCUUACUACAGAUUCUUAUAGGGAGAAGCCAUAUAAACCGGUUUCAGGAGCAGCGUUAUGUGUCUCAUAAUCUGGUGACCCUGGGAAGUUGCAGCUUGUUGAGAAAGUCUAUUAUAUCUCUACUUCUAUCAGAAAUAAACUGCUUUGUUGAUGAUCUGAGAGCCAUCGAUCAGGUACAAGCAAGUUAUGAUGUGACACGCUAUGAAAAUGUUUUCUCCCUAUUGUGGGUUUUGGAACAGCUUCUUCUAAAGGAGAACAAAGAAGAGCACACAUCAGGUACAGGGCUUGAUGACCAAGAAGUCAAGAAAUAUCUUCAGAAGCUUGAUGAAGCAAUCUUUCAGCUUUCUGAUACAUUUCCAUUAUUUACUUUUUAUUUAUGGAGACUGGGCCUUCUCUUAAACUCAACAGAGACAGAAACUAUUGAAAAUGACUCACUUUCUCAGAAUUCUACCAAAUAUUAGAAGAUGGCCUACUUAGUUUUUUCAAAAAUAUUUUAAGUAAGCAUUGUUAAAUUGAUCUCUAAUUAAAUGUGAUUCUGAUGCUUCCAAA